AUGAAGAAAUUAAGGCUUAAGGAGCUAGAGAGUCGCCUGCAACAAGUGGAUGGAUUCGAAAAGCCCAAACUACUUCUAGAACAGUAUCCGACCAGGCCUCACAUUGCAGCAUGUAUGCUGUAUACAAUCCAUAACACAUAUGAUGACAUUGAAAAUAAAGUGGUUGCAGAUCUAGGAUGUGGUUGUGGCGUGCUUAGCAUCGGAACUGCAAUGUUGGGAGCAGGAUUGUGCGUUGGAUUUGAUAUAGAUGAAGAUGCACUGGAAAUAUUUAAUAGAAAUGUGGAAGAAUUUGAUUUAACAAACAUUGAUAUGGUUCAGUGUGAUGUGAGCUCACUGUCUAAUAGAAUGUCCAAGUCAUUUGACACAGUAAUUAUGAAUCCUCCUUUUGGGACAAAGAAUAAUAAAGGAACAGAUAUGGUUUUUCUGAAAACUGCUUUGGAAAUGGCAAGAACAGCAGUAUAUUCUUUACACAAAUCCUCCACCAGAGAACAUAUAAAAAAAAAAGCGGCAGAAUGGAAAAUCAAGAUAAAUAUUGUUGCAGAACUGAGAUAUGAUCUGCCAGCAUCAUACAAAUUUCAUAAAAAGAAAUCAGUGGACAUUGAAGUGGACCUAAUUCGAUUUUCUUUUUGAAAAUCCAGAGAGAAAAGUAGAUUCAAACCUAAAUAAAAUGAAUUCUAAAAUGUUUAC